CUUGACCCAGUUCUGCCUGCAUGCGCCUUGGAUCCUCCACCGGGACACCCCCAAGCUCUUCUUAUAACCGGCCGUUCCAGAGCCCACGCAAUAAUGCAGAAGCUAGCACGCACUUUGCCGUUGUAAUCGCAGUGUUACUUCUGCCGGCGCCCGGGAGGACAAACGGCGAGGAAGCCAUGCCGGUCAAGAGCGGCGCCAGCUUCCGGGCCUCGGCGCUGCCCGUGAUAGUCAUGGCGCAGCUCCUCGCCGCCGCCGUGCUCACGCUCACGCUCGUCUGGGUGCUGCACUUCAGGGAUGGCGUUUCCUGGGAGUUGAACUCCACCACCCAGCUGGUUUACACGGUGCAUCCUCUUUUCAUGGUGAUCGGCUUCAUCAUCUGCACCGGAGAAGCGAUCAUGGCGUACAGGAUCGUCCUGGGCUCGCGGACGGCGAAGAAAGCGGUGCACCUGCUGCUUCACCUGCUCGCCCUCGCCUUCGCCGCCGUCGGGCUGUACGCCGCCGUUAAGUUCCACAACGACGCCGGUGAUCCCCACGUCCGCUCCCUCCACGCCUGGUUGGGGGUAGUCACUAUAGGCCUCUACGCUCUUCAGUGGCUGGUGGCUUUCAUGUACUUCGUGUUCCCAGGGGCCAUGAUGACGAUGAGGGCGGACUACGCACCGUGGCACAUCUUCUUCGGCGUCGUUAUCUUCCUCAUGGCCGUCUGCACCACCGAAACCGGUCUCGUCAGGUUCAUCUACCGCAUCGUCGGAUACCCGAGCGAGGCCUUGGUCGUCAACUUCACAGGGCUCGUCAUCCUCAUGUUUGGCGUCACCGUCGUCCUUGCUGUCAUCCUUCCUUCCAGAUACUAGUUAGCUUACUGUCACUCUUAAUUAACUUUUGAGUGUUACCCCUGCUCGUUGGGGGGAGGGGGUUUUAGACGCCGCACUAAAAAUAGAACUAGGGACAGGACACCGUUUGUUCUAUUACAGUAAUUAUUAUCAUUGUGCUUGUAAGGAGAAAAAUGUAAAGUUCAUCCAAUGGUGACAUUCCCCAUUUCAUAAAUACAUGUUUUAAUUUUAUGAGUA